AUGGUGGAUGACGAAGGUGGAUCAGACAAUCAUUCCAGGCCUGAAACAAAAAAAUUCAUGAAAGAUGAGUUAAAGUCCAAGAACUUGACGAGAAAAGAAUGUAUAAAGAAGAAGACGAUGGAAUUAUCGGUUUUGUGUGAUGUCAAGGCUUGCGCUGUGAUCUUAGGCCCUGAAGGGCAGAUUGAAACAUGGCCUGAGAAUCACAGCGAUGUACAGGAGAUGAUCGAAUUGUACAAAAAAGAUUGUCUUAAUAACAAGAAGAGGAAACAUCAACAUGAUGAUCAUGGUUGCAAGAAGAAGCAGGUUUUGGAAGGGUGUUCCUUUGCUAAAUAUGCUACUUCUGAAGAACCCGACAAACUUGACAAUUCUUUCUCCUAUCCAGCAUCUGAACUUGGCAACCCAUUGUGUGGCGGCAUUCCUCCUAAUGCCAGGCCUCCAAAAAUUUCACAAAAUCUGGGAUCACAUUCUAGUGUUGGCAUGCUUAGGUUAGGAAAUCAGUUGCCUGUGGAUAUUAUGUCUUCAACUCCAGGCUAUAUUGGUGGCUUUCCUGGCAAUGUUGAUGGUAUGCAUUUGGGACCUUUGGUUUCUUCUGCACCUAUGUCACAACUGGUUCCACAAAUGCAACAGCUUCUUGGUUUUAGUGGGCAGUUUACAGUUCCUCAAUCACAGAUGCUGCAUAAUGCACCAUCUGCCCCACAACAAGGACCCGUGAUGAAAAAUCUACGGCAAAUACCUGCUCAGCAGUUUCAAUCUCUUACUCAAGCACUAUCACAGUUUGCUCAGAUGCAGUCACAACAAAAACAAACUCAACAGGCAAGCUCUCAGUCAUCACAACAGGCCUUUUCUCUGCUUCAACAGCAGCUGCAGAUGCCGCAGUCAUCAGACUGUAUCGAUUGUGCUACUGCUCAGUCUUGGUUUCAAACUGAAAGUACAGUCAUAGCAGGAGUCGAGCAAUUUCAACAGAGCUAUAUUGAUAACAAUGACGAUUCUUCUCGGAUUGAUUCAUUUGAACUCUCUGCUGCAGAAAGUGAUCCUUUCAGUACUGGAGGAGAAUGGACAAAUAAUCAAAUUUGCACAUCUAGCAAUGGACUGGAUACUGGAUUUGAACUGCCUCCAACUCAGUCAAGCCCACCAAGUUCAUGUUUUUCAGACACAAGUAUGCCAUUGGGAGAAGAGGACGAGCUUGCUGUUCUUUUACAACAAUUUCAGCCAACUACACCGACCCUCGACUCCUUCAACCCUGACUGUGGCUCAAUGGAUACGUUAGGGCUUUCAUAUGAUGUAACAGUUCAGUAG